CACAUUUCUUUCCAUUUCUUUCGUUUCCUUUUUUUUUUUCAUUACAAUUUAUUUGGUUCAUCGACUCUACGUUUCACCAACGAAAAGCGAAGGAGCUUGCGUGAGAUCUGGGAAGCAAACAAGCGAAGCAUUACAAAGAGGAGAGUGAAACGGAGGCGAAGAUUUUUUUGUUCUCAAUCCAAAUCCAUCUCCAACUUCUGCUAUUGAUCUUGGCGAUUCCAAUCGAGAGUUUUGGUGCAUUGGAAAAGAUGAAUGAUUCACUUGUGAUUACGGUUUAAGUAAGUGUGGGGGCAAAAAACGGAGUGGAUCGGAUGGACAAGAACAAGAACCGUUCCGAUCUGCUCGCCGCAGGCAGGAAGAAGCUCCAGCAAUUCCGUAAGAAGAAGGAUAGUAAAGGCAGUGGUAGCCAAGGAAGUUCAUCAAGAAAUACUAGUAAAUUGGAACAGCAAGAUGCAGAUGUAGACAUUGUCACUGGUGCUGCUAAAUCCACAUCUGGGAGGUUUUCCAGUGACGGAGUACUUGCAUCCAGUGUUGAUGGCAAUCCACAUAUUGUAGAUUCUUCGGCAUCAUCUUCUACAGAACAUUCCUUGGCAGCAGAGACUGAUGAUCAUUCCACAGUUUCUGUUAAGCAAGAGAUGGAUUUAGCGGAAACUUCAGCCAUUGACCAGGGAGAGACUUCGAUGCAGGAAGUGGGGUAUAGGGAGGAAUUUGAACACCCAAUCCAAAAUGCUGAGGCCAUUGGAUUUGUAUCAUCUGGACCUUCCCUUCCUACUGAUAUUGAAGAGAACGACAACCCUACUUCUAAUUUGUCUUUCCCCGAAUCAUCUUCCCAAAUUUCUUCUGCUUCUGUGGAGCAGCAAGGAAGAAUAGUUGAAGUAUGGGGUGGAUGUAGGGAAGAAGAGCUGUUGGUUUCACCGUCUACGUCUUUGUUGCAAGCAAGGGAAGAUGUAGGCAUGGGAGAUGCACUGAUGCAAUCUGGUCAAGUCCAUGAAACAGAGCUUGCAGGAGACAAGCUGCUAGACACUGGUGGCACAAGUGAGUCUGCAGCAGAGACUACUUUUAAAGAAACACGCUGUGAUAAAGAAGAGGAUAUUGCAGCAGAAGUGGCAUCUGUAUCUGUUGCUGUAACCGAAUCAAACAGUUAUUCAAUUUCUAGUCCGGGAGAGAAUUUAGGCAUGGAUAAUAGUUCAAGUAGUAGUAGAGAUGACUGGAAAGAUGAAAGACAAGUUCAUGCAGAAGAUACAAUACAUUCAAGCAGGUCUCAAGUAGAAUCUAUACCAGAAGAUGAUUUUGCAGAUCAGUCUGAGGGCCAUGGAAAGGCUUCACAAACAAGCGUGAAAGUUUCUGAUGUGAGAGAUGCCAAUACUAUCUCCCUUAAUGAACAUAUGACUGCAACUUCAGAUGCACAGUCAGGGACUUUUUCUUCAUUUGGACAAGAUUGUAAUUUUUUUGAUUUACUGGAAAGAAUGAAAGAAGAGUUGAUAGUAUCAAGUUUCUCCAAAGAAAUCUUUAACAUGCAAAUUACUGAACAGAAUGAACUACAAAUGGAGCUUGAUAACCAUCGUUCUAAAUCAACCAAAGAUGUGGCUCUGCUCAAUACCUCCCUCAAUGAAGUUGUUGAGAGAAAUCAGAGCCUCGUCGAUGAACUUUCACAUUGCAGAUCUGAACUUGAAGAUGUUUCAAUUGCGAAGGAGAAGUUCAGAGAUCAGCUGCUAACUGCAGAGGCAGAGAUAGAAAAGCUUUCUUCUAAAACAAGUGAGACAGAGAAUAGCUUGGAAAAGUUACAUGGAGAUAUGUUCAGAUUGGCAAAAGAGUUGGAUGACUGCAAGCAUUUGGUGACAGUGUUAGAAGGGGAGAAGGAAAGAUUAAAUGGUAUUAUCACCUUUGAAAAUGAAAAUAAAAGAAAAUUAGCCGAGGAAAAGGAGUUGUAUAGCGAUGAGAAUGAAAAGAUUUUAUCAGAGUUAAGUAGCUUAAAGAGUUUGAAUGUGGCUCUUGAGGCUGAAAAUUCUAAAUUAAUGGGGAGUUUGUCAUCAGUAGCAGAGGAAAAAACAAAGCUUGAAGAAGAAAGAGAGCAGUUGUUUCAGGUGAAUGGGACUCUGUCAGCUGAACUUGCCAAUUGUAAAGACUUGGUUGCUACUCAACAAGAGGAAAAUAUGAACUUAACCAAGAACCUUGCACUGGUAACAGAAGAUAGGACGAAGGUAGAUGAAGAUAAGAAUCGUUUGUUUCAUGAAAAUGAGACAAUGGCGUCUGAGCUGCUUGUUCUUGAAGAGAGACUGUCAACCGAACAUGAGAAACGUGUGAAAUUUGAGGGUGACCUUAAAGAUGCUUUGGCACAGCUUGACCAACUCAUUGAAGAAAAUGUAUUUCUCAGCAACGGUCUUAAUAUACAUAAAUUUAAACUUGAAGAACUUUGUGGUGAAAUAAUUUCUCUUCAAACGAGAUCUACAGAAGAUGAGGAUCAGGCUGAAAAUGCAGACUGUGAUCGGUAUCAUGGAAAUAAUUUCCAAGAAAAUGUUUCUUCCCAGAUCAGUUUCAAGAAAUGUUUACCUGAUACUUCUUCUGUUCUUGCUGGUGGGAAACCCUUCAUGGUAAGUGAACAGGAAAUCUUUGAUGAUUCUCUUGGGUUUGUAACCUUGGGUCAACACUUGGAGGAAGCAGCUCUCAUGUUACAGAGACUUGAGAAGGAAAUCACAGGGUUGCAGUCCAAUUCUGCCUCUAGCAGGUCAGGUAGUAAAGCGGCUGCCCCUGCUGUUUCUAAACUAAUUCAAGCCUUUGAGUCACAUGUAAAUGUUGAAGAACAUGAGGUGGAGGCUGAAAUCCAGCCGCCUUAUGAUCCAUAUAAGUUAUCAAUUGAACUUGUGGAAAAUUUGAGAGUGUUGCUUCGUCAAGUGGUUGUGGACAGCAAGAAUGCCAGUGUGUUGCUCAAGGGAGAGCGCGAUCAUCAGAAUGUUGCUAUAUCAACAUCGAAUGAAUUCAAGGAAAAAUUUGAAGCUUUGGAGAACGACAGCAACAAUUUGGUGAUGGCCAACAUUGAGCACAGGGUUUUAUUUGAAUGCCUCAAACAUCAUGUGAACGAUGCUGGUGAUAAGAUCUAUGAACUUGAGAUUCUUAACAAGUCUUUAAAGCAACAAGCCACGCACCAAAAGAAUUUUAAUAGGGAGCUUGCUGAAAGGUUACGUGGAUAUGAAUCAACACUUACUGAGUUAGAGUAUCAGUUAUGCGAUCUUCCUCAAAGCUCAAAUGAGAUGGUUUCUUUGGUAUGUAAUCAGUUAGACAAUUUGCAGGAGGGAGCAAUUGAAAGGGCGAUGACACUUGAGAAGGACUGGCACUCUUUUUUAUUGGAGCUUGCUGAAACAAUUGUUAAGCUUGAUGAAUCAUUAGGGAAAUCUGAUACUUCAGCCAUCAAAUUUUGCACUAGUGACCGAUUGCUUAGCUGCAUUUCAGCCUCUGUUGUAGAUGCAGUCAAAACGAUUGAUGAUCUGAGAGAGAGACUUCAAACUACUGCUUCCAAUAGCGAAGCAUGUAGGAUGUUAUAUGAAGAAAUAACUGAAAAAUAUGAUAGUUUGUUUAGAAGGAAUGAAUUCACCGUUGAUAUGCUUCAUAAGUUAUAUGGUGAAUUGCAUAAACUUCAUAUUGCUUCUUGUGGAUCUGUCAGUGGAAGUGACAUGAACAUGCAAAUCAAGAUGGAUGAUCCCUUAGAUUACAGCAACUUUGUGGCCUUAAUCAAGUCGCUGGAGGAUUGUAUUACUGAGAAACUGCAACUUCAGUCUGUAAACGAUAAACUUCGCUUAGACUUGGAACAUACGAGUGUAGAAUUUGUUGAGUUCAGGGAGAGAUGCCUUGAUUCCAUUGGCAUUGAAAAAUUGAUUAAAGAUGUUCAAAGUGUGUUAUCACUAGAAGACACUGAGAAGUUUCAUGCUGAAAUACCCGCUAUUCAUUUGGAGUCUAUGGUAUCAUUGCUUUUACAAAAAUACAGGGAGUCUGAGUUGCAAUUAAGCUUAUCUAGAGAAGAGUCUGAAUCCAUAAUGAUGAAAUUGACCGGACAGCAGGAAAGUGUGAAUGACUUGAGCACCUUGAUUCUUGAUCAUGAAUGUGAAAUUGUUCUUCUAAAAGAAAGCUUGAGCCAGGCACAGGAAGCUGUAAUGGCUUCUCGAUCUGAACUAAAGGAUAAAGUUAACGAACUGGAACAAGCAGAGCAGCGAGUGUCUGCAAUCAGAGAGAAGCUAAGCAUAGCUGUUGCCAAGGGAAAAAGUUUGAUUGUACAACGGGAUAAUUUGAAGCAGUUACUGGCACAGACUUCUAGUGAACUGGAGAGGUGCUUGCAGGAGUUACAGAUGAAAGACACCAGGCUUAACGAGACUGAAACGAAACUUAAAACCUAUUCAGAAGCAGGAGAGCGUGUUGAAGCACUGGAAUCCGAGCUUUCGUACAUUCGGAAUUCUGCCACUGCACUAAGAGAAUCAUUCCUUCUUAAAGAUUCAGUUCUUCAGAGGAUAGAGGAGAUCCUUGAUGAACUAGAUUUGCCAGAGAAUUUUCAUUCAAGAGACAUAAUUGAUAAGAUUGAUUGGUUAGCAAAGUCAAGUACGGGUGAGAAUUUAGUCCAUACGGACUGGGAUCAAAGGAGUUCAGUUGCAGGAGGCUCAGGCUCUGAUGCUAAUUUUGUCAUUACAGAUGCCUGGAAAGAUGAAGUGCAGCUGGAUGCAAAUGUUGGGGAUGAUUUGAGAAGAAAAUAUGAGGAGCUCCAAACAAAGUUUUACGGGCUUGCUGAACAAAAUGAAAUGCUUGAACAGUCAUUAAUGGAAAGGAAUGUUAUAGUGCAAAGAUGGGAAGAGCUUCUAGAAAAGAUCGACAUUCCUUCACACUUGCGGUCCAUGGAGCCAGAAGAUAAAAUUGAAUGGUUGCACAGAUCCCUUUCGGAGGCUUGCCAUGAUAGGGAUUCUCUCCUUCAGAGGGUCAAUUACUUAGAGAACUAUUGUGAGUCAUUAACUGCAGAUCUGGAUGAUUCACAGAAGAAAAUUUCUCACAUUGAGGCAGAGCUCCAGUCAGUCUUGCUUGAGAGAGAGAAGCUUUCUGAAAAGUUGGAAAUAAUCUAUCAUCAUAAUGACCAUCUAUUAUUUGGAACUUUUGAGAAAGAAAUUGAGAACACAGUGCUAUUAAAUGAAUUAAGCAAUAUGCAGGAUAAUUUAAUUUCUACUGAGCAUAACAUAGUGAAAUUGGAGGCUUUGGUAAGUAAUGCAUUGCGAGAGGAAGACAUGAAUGAUUUGGUUCCUGGUAGCUGCAGAAUUGGAUUUCUUGAAUUGAUGGUGAUGAAGCUAAUUCAAAAUUAUUCAGCAUCUUCUUCGGGGAACGCUGUGCCUGGGAGUGCCAUGAAUGGAGCUGAUACUGAAGAAAUGCUCGCCAGAAGCACAGAUGAGCAAGUUGCUUGGCAAAAUGAUAUAAAUGUUCUCAAGAAAGAUCUAGAGGACGCAAUGCAUCAAUUGAUGGCUGUGACAAAGGAGAGAGAUCAAUAUAUGGAGAUGCAUGAAUCUUUAAUUGUCAAGGUUGAAAGUUUAGAUAAAAAGAAGGAUGAGUUGGAGGAACUGCUUAAUCUAGAGGAGCAGAAGUCAACGUCUGUAAGAGAGAAACUAAAUGUUGCUGUCCGGAAGGGAAAGUCUUUGGUUCAACAACGAGACACUCUGAAACAAACCAUUGAAGAGAUGACCACUGAGUUGGAACGACUGAGAUCUGAGAUGAAGUCUCAGGAAAAUACUCUCGCCAGUUAUGAGCAGAAGUUUAGGGAUUUCUCUGUUUACCCAGGACAGGUGGAGGCCCUGGAAUCCGAGAAUCUGUCUUUGAAGAACCGGUUGACUGAAACAGAAAGCAAUUUGCAGGAAAAAGAAUAUAAAUUGAGCUCAAUUAUCAACACUUUAGAUCACAUUAAAGUGAAUGUUGAUGUUCACGAAACUGAUCCUAUUGAGAAACUGAAACAUGUUGGAAAACUGUGCUCUGAUCUGCGUGAAGCCAUGUUUUUCUCUGAACAAGAGUCUGUGAAGUCCAGAAGAGCAGCAGAGUUGCUUCUGGCAGAAUUGAAUGAAGUUCAGGAAAGAAAUGAUGCUUUCCAAGAAGAGCUAGCUAAAGCUUCCGACGAGAUUGCUGAAAUGACCAGGGAAAGGGACUCAGCAGAGACUUCCAAGCUUGAAGCUCUUUCAGAACUCGAAAAGUUAUCUACUCUCCAAUUGAGGGAAAGAAAGAACCAAUUUUCUCAAUUUAUGGGCUUAAAAUCUGGCCUUGAUCGACUAAAGGAGGCUUUGCAUGAGAUCAAUAGCUUACUUGUGGAUGCUUUCUCUAGGGAUUUGGAUGCUUUUUAUAAUCUGGAAGCUGCUAUUGAGUCCUGUACUAAAGCUAAUGAUCCUAUCGGGGUCAAUUGUUCUCCUUCCACUGUGUCUGGUGCCUUUAAGAAGGACAAGGGGAGUUUUUUUGCUCUGGAUUCCUGGUUGAACUCCUACACUAAUGCUGCUGAGGAUGAAAAUGUUGCAACGGAAAUACACAGUCUAAUUGUGCAUCAACUAGAAGAAUCGAUGAAGGAAAUUGGGGAUCUGAAAGAAAUGAUAGAUGGCCAUUCUGUGUCAUUCCAUAAACAAUCCGAUUCUCUAUCUAAAGUACUGGGGGAGCUUUAUCAAGAAGUUAAUUCACAGAAAGAGUUGGUCGAAGCAUUAGAGUCGAAGGUGCAACAGUGUGAAUCAGUUGCAAAAGAUAAAGAAAAGGAAGGUGAUAUCCUAUGUAGAAGCGUUGCAGUGCUUCUUGAAGCAUGCACAUCUACAAUUAAGGAAGUUGAAGAAAGAAAAGGGGAACUAAUGGGAAAUGAUUUGACUAGUGAAAAUUUGGGAGUGAAUAUUAUCUCCACAGCACCUGGUCAACUUUCACGCUCAGGAAGAAUUCAUUUACUCUCUGAGGAAUAUGUCCAGACGAUUGCUGACAGGUUGCUGUUAACAGUAAGGAAGUUUAUAGGUCUGAAAGCUGAAAUGUUUGAUGGUAGUGUAAAGGAAAUGAAGAUUGCAAUGUCAAAUUUGCAGAAAGAGCUUCAGGAAAAGGACAUUCAGAAGGAAAGGAUUUGCAUGGAUCUUGUUGGUCAAAUCAAGGAAGCAGAAGGAAUCACAACUAGAUAUUCCCUUGAUCUCCAAGCUUCAAAAGAUAAGGUUCGUGAGCUGGAGAAAGUAAUGGAACAAAUGGACAAUGAAAGGAAGGUCCUCGAGCAGAGAUUAAGGGAGUUGCAAGAUGGUUUGUCCAUCUCAGAUGAGUUACGGGAGAGGGUCAGAUCACUCACAGAUUUGCUCGCAGCAAAGGACCAAGAAAUUGAAGCUUUAAUGCAUGCACUUGAUGAGGAAGAGGUACAGAUGGAAGGUCUGACCAAUAAGAUUGAGGAGCUGGAAAAAGUUUUGAAGGAAAAGAAUCAUGAACUUGAGAGCGUUGAAACUUCUCGGGGGAAGCUCACAAAAAAGCUCUCAAUCACUGUGACAAAAUUUGAUGAGCUUCAUCAUCUCUCUGAAAGUCUCUUAACUGAGGUUGAAAAACUUCAAGCACAGUUGCAAGAUCGGGAUGCUGAAAUCUCCUUUUUGAGACAAGAGGUAACAAGAUGUACAAAUGAUGCUCUUGUUGCAACUCAAACAAGCAACAGAAGUACAGAGGAUAUCAAUGAGGUCAUAACAUGGUUUGACAUGGUGGGAGCUCGGGCGGGGCUGUCUCGUAUAGGUCACAGGGACCAAGAAAACGAAGUUCAUGAACGCAAGGAAUUGCUCAAGAAGAAGAUAACAUCAAUCUUAAAAGAAAUUGAGGAUCUUCAAGCAGCAUCUCAGAGGAAGGACGAAUUGUUGCUGGUUGAAAAGAACAAGGUGGAAGAACUGAAACGCAAGAAAUUGCAACUGAACUCGCUUGAAGAUGUUGGAGAUGAUAAUAAAGCAAGCAGUGUUGCCCCUGAAAUCUUUGAAUCUGAACCAUUGAUUAACACUUGGGCUGCAAGCAGUACUUCUGUUACACCUCAAGUUCGUAGCUUGCGCAAAGGCAAUACCGAUCAAGUUGCAAUUGCCAUAGACGUGGAUCCUGCUAGCAGUAGUAAUAGAUUAGAGGAUGAAGAUGACGAUAAAGUGCAUGGUUUCAAGUCAUUAGCUUCAUCAAGACUUGUUCCAAAAUUUUCAAGACGUGCAACAGACAUGAUUGAUGGUCUUUGGGUAUCUUGUGAUCGGGCGCUGAUGCGGCAACCUGUAUUACGACUGGGGAUUAUAUUCUAUUGGGCCAUAUUACAUGCACUUGUUGCCACAUUUGUAGUUUGAGCACUCAAGUUGGUCCAAAAAUUUGUUUUGAAUUGAAGAGCAGAGUUCAUAUAACUGGUUAUGCUUCCUCUCAAAUAGAUAAUUAGGCUCAUUAUUCGUUUGUACAUGUUUACUACUACCGUUAGAGUGGUCAGAUAUAUAUUUUUUUUCUUUGUUCAUCCAAACUACUGGGAUUUCCCCCAUUUUUUCCCUAGCAAAUCCCAGAAUGAUUGGGUGCAUCAAAUAAACAUCACAGAAUCAUUGUCUAUUACAAAGUAUAGAUCAUUAAUUUGUUGACUUUCAGAUUGUACUAAGAUACAAUUAUUCUUGUUACAAUUUUUUUGCUACAAAGCCUAAAAAAAAUUAGGCUUUCCAGCUUUUAGACAAUUAAGCUUUUGAAUUA